AUGGCGGCCUACCUUGCUAAAGUAAAGGGGGAAUUGUCUAAAUUUGAAUCUCGCUCUAUUGAACAGAUACCCUGUCAACAGAACUCUAACACUGAUGCUUUAGCACGACUUGUUACAACCAAAGAGGCUGAAACAUUAAAUGUAGUACCAAUGGAGUUCUUGGAAUGCCUGAGUGUAAUGGGAGAAACGGUGGAGGUUGGAAUGAUUGACAUAAGACCGACCUGGAUGACUCCUGUAAUGGAAUAUCUCGCAACUGGAAAGUUACCUGAUGACAGAAAAGACGCAAGAAAACUACUUUCUCAAGCUCCACGGUGUGUAAUAGUUGAUGGAAUCCUAUAUCAGCGAGGUCAUUUAUGA